UCCACUCACCACCCCAACACAUCCUCCUCAUCACCGCAAAGAUGCUGAAGAACGGCAUCGCUCGUGCUGCCCGCACCCAGGCGCUGCGCAGACCUUUCCAGCAGCGCGCAUUCCAGCCAAAGACCUUUGCGCCCGCCAUCGCGCACCGAUUCGCCUCCACCGACGCCGCCAAAGACGGCAAGGUCCACCAGGUCAUCGGUGCCGUCGUCGACGUCAAGUUCCCAACUGAUGUCCUCCCACCUAUCCUCAACGCCCUCGAGGCCGAAAAUGGUGGCCAGAAGCUGAUUCUGGAGGUCGCACAACAUUUGGGUGAGAACGUCGUGCGAUGCAUUGCUAUGGACGGAACCGAGGGUCUCGUCCGUGGACAGAAGGCCACCGACUCUGGCAACCCCAUCAUGGUGCCCGUCGGCCCAGGUGUCCUCGGGCGUAUCAUGAACGUUACCGGUGACCCAAUUGAUGAGCGCGGCCCAAUCAAGCACGACAAGAAGCUCCCCAUCCACAGCGAGCCUCCCGCUUUCACCGAUCAGUCCACCUCCGCCGAGGUGCUCGCCACUGGUAUCAAGGUCGUGGAUCUCCUCGCCCCAUACGCGCGUGGUGGAAAGAUUGGUCUCUUCGGCGGUGCCGGUGUCGGAAAGACUGUGUUCAUUCAGGAGCUCAUUAACAACAUUGCCAAGGCCCACGGUGGUUUCUCCGUCUUCACUGGUGUCGGUGAGCGUACCCGUGAGGGUAACGACCUGUACCACGAAAUGCAGGAGACUGGUGUCAUUCAGCUCGAUGGCGAGUCCAAGGUCGCCCUCGUGUUCGGACAGAUGAACGAGCCCCCAGGUGCCCGUGCCCGUGUCGCUCUGACUGGUCUGACUCUUGCCGAAUACUUCAGGGAUGUAGAGGGACAGGACGUGCUCCUCUUCAUCGACAACAUCUUCCGCUUCACCCAGGCCGGUGCUGAAGUUUCGGCAUUGUUGGGCAGGAUUCCGUCUGCCGUCGGAUACCAGCCAACUCUCGCCGUCGACAUGGGUGGUAUGCAAGAGCGUAUUACCACCACCAAGAAGGGAUCCAUCACCUCCGUCCAGGCCGUGUACGUGCCCGCUGACGAUUUGACUGAUCCCGCUCCUGCCACCACGUUCGCCCAUUUGGACGCCACCACUGUGCUUUCCCGUGGUAUCUCCGAGUUGGGUAUCUACCCCGCCGUCGACCCUCUCGAUUCCGCUAGCCGCAUGUUGGACCCCCGUAUCAUCGGACAGGACCACUACGACACCGCCACCAAGGUCCAACAGAUGCUUCAGGAGUACAAGUCCCUCCAGGAUAUCAUUGCUAUUCUCGGAAUGGACGAACUUUCGGAAGCCGACAAGCUUACCGUCGAGCGUGCGCGUAAGAUCCAGCGUUUCUUGAGCCAGCCUUUCACCGUCGCCCAGGUCUUCACUGGUAUCGAGGGCAAGCUCGUUUCCCUCAAGGAUACCAUCGCCUCUUUCAAGUCCAUCAUGGCUGGUGAGGGUGAUGACCUCCCAGAGGGUGCUUUCUACAUGGUUGGCGACUUCUCCGAGGCACAGGCGAAGGGCAAGCAGAUUCUGGCCGAUCUUGAGAAGUCAUAGAUGGUUAUCGGAUGAUGCAUUGAGGGAGAGAAGGAAUCAAGCUCGACUAAGCGUUUUCACAUUGUACAGCAUACAAGCGCUGCGGGAGUGAGAGGACGAGGCAGUUGAGAUAGUGAAAAGGAGCGUGUAAGCGUAGAUCUUGAAAGCGUUUCCUUUGUCAAAUGUG